AUGAAGUUGGAAAAGAGAACUCGAAGUAUUACAGAUACUGAAGAUUUAAGUGAGGAUAAUGGUAAGAACAAGAAAAUAAACAGAGAUGAUAGUCAAGGAAUAAGUGAGAUUUUAGGAGAAUUCAAAAAGUAUAUAAAAGAUUUUGAAGUGGAGAAAAUGUAUUUUACCUUAGAGAAGAUAAAUCAAAAGGAAAUUCUUUUAAGUGAUAUUGAAGAUCUUAUAACUUUUGGUUUUUCUGAAAUGAUCAAAGAGUCUUUAGAGAAAUUAAACUAUACAAUAUCUUUAACUAAUGAUACAGAAGAAAACGAAGAAUGUGGAAAAGUACUAAAUGGAUUAAAAAUUAAAAUUUUCAAAUUAAUUUUGAAUGUUCUUCUAGAUAUUUCAGAAUUUCAGGAUGGCUCUUCUCAAAUUGGGAAUCAAGACAUUAAUACUUUAAAGUUAAAACUAUUAUUAGAGGAUGGUCUUACAUUUAGCUUACUUAAAACUGUUAGAAAUAUAGAAAAUAUGUAUUUACGUAAUUUAAAAGCUGAAAGUAUAUUUUCAAAAAAAUCUCAGGAUUUUGGUGAAUUAAUCGACCACGAAAAUGAAUUAUUACAAGAAUCAAUCUUGGAAACAUAUUUUCAGUUUUUGGAAUCUACUAUUGAAAUUGACCCAAAGAAAGUUUCAAAGGAAUUUACAAACUCUGAAGGACUAUUUGAAUGGUUAAUGCAGAUAUUCGAUAAUGAUGAAUCUUUUAUAGUGGAUGAAAUUACAUCUUUAAAAAUGGAAAUAUUAAGUAUUAUUUUUCAAUAUAUUAAAGUUUCACAAAUUAGUACCAAUGGAAUAAAUAUAGAUAAGAAAGAAGUUAUGGAUAAGUUUUUGGUAAAACUAGCUACUUUUGGGUUAAGAGAUGGAGAAAUUGGAGGUAUUAAGGAAAAAGAGUUUGUACACAAUAUUGUUGACAUUAUUUGUAAUUCUCUGUUUGAGGAAGAUAUGAGAAAGGAAUUUAAUGAUUUACAAGGAUUGGAAUUAAUGGUAAAACUUAUAGAAGAGAAGGCAUUUAUGAGACCUUUAUCUGUAAAAAUAUUAUCUUUUGCAUUAAUUGACAAGGGAGAAAUGAGUAACAAAUUUAUUCAAAUAUCUGGCUUGAAGCUUGUUUUUGCAUUGCUAGCUCAUUCUUCUAAGAAUUUAACUAAUAAUGAAAAAUAUAUUAAAAAUAGACAACAACAAGAUACUGAUGAACAUUUAUGUAGUAUCAUAAAGUCACUAUUACAAUUUUCUACUGGAAAUGAUCAUGAGAUGUUGAUCAAUAAACUAAUAGAAAAUAAUUAUCUUAAACUUAAAAAUUUUCUAGUUUUAAGGAAGUAUUAUUCAAACAAAAUUACCCAAGCUUUAGAAAGUUCACAGGAUUUACAAGAAGAAGAUGAAGAACAAAUUGAGAUAAUUGAAACAAUAGCUAUAGAUGCUGGUCUAUUUAUUGUACAACUUAUUGAUUUGAUAAUAGUUUAUACUAUAUAUUAUGAAAAAGGUGAUAUAAAUGAUUUUGAGAAAAAUGUACUAAGUAAAAAUGGAGUACAUUUGGAUGAUUUAAAAACAAGUAUUGAAGAUUACUCAAACUCUUUAAACCAAGAUGAGAAAGUAUUUAAUGAAAAAAUACUAUUAUAUUUAAAUUCUUAA